AAUGAGUAGUAAAAAAAAGAAUACUUAAAAAAAUGAUGAUGGUUAUGAUGAUGAUAGAUGUUUCUGUGGAUGGAUUAAGAAAAAGAGUUCUAAAAAUGUAAAUAUAGAAUAGAGCAAAAUAUCUGUUAAUAAAUAACAUAGAAACUCAUUAUAUAAAUCUGCUCUUGAUGCCAGCAAUCAUAAUGGUAUAUCUUAAUUUAAUUAAUUAAAUUCAACAAAUUCAGAAACAUAAAGAAAGAAUAGUGAAAUAUCACCUUUUGUAAGUAGUUUUGUAGUCCCUAUUUUUGAAAACAAUUAUCCUUUAAAUUAGUUGUUCUAACUAAAAAAUAAUUAAAGUGGAGACACUAUUUUUGCUAAAAUCACAUCAACCUAAAUAGAUGUGUCUAAAUCUAUGGGUUUUAAUGAGGACAUAUGUAGUAAUCAAAGAAUAAUAGAUCAGAUAUCCAAAUAUAUUGCCUCUAGAAUUAAAGAUUAAAUUAAUUCAUUAGCUGAAAUUGGAUGUGGAGAGGGAGGAAACACAGUUUAAGUAUGAUAUAAAAUUGAUAUAAGUUUGCUAAAUAUUUAGAUUUUGUUAUUGCAAUUGAUAAAUGUACUGAGGCAUGUUAGAAAACUAGAAAAAAUUGUGAUCAAUAUACUUAAAAUUAAGAUUUUCCAAAUCCUAAAGUAGAAAUCAUUAAUUGUGAUAUUUUUAAAUUUAAAAAACGUUUACCUUUUGAUAGUAUUUUCAUUAAUCCUACAAUUAAUACAGAAAAUACUUAAAUUUGUAAAGAUUUAUUAAAAGAUUGUUAACCUAAUUUAUAACAACUAUUAAUGAUGAUUUCUGAUUAAAUUGAAAACUUAAUUAUACAAUUACCUGCUUAAAUUGAUUAUUCAUAAUUACCUCUAUUACUUAAUAUAAAUCAACAAUAUUAAAAUAAUACUCAACAUAAAUAUUAAUCAUUAGUAACAUAACAUAAAUAAUAAUAAUCAUUUAUUGCUCAUUGUUCACUAGAAAUUGAAAAAAUCUAUGUUAAUGGAAUACAUAUUCAAAAUAUUAUUUAUUAUGGUAAAAUUGCAAAUAUUUCCAGAGAGGAAUUAAGAUCAAUUUUGAUUAUGUAAUUAUAAAAUUAAGAAGUUAAACCAGAAGCAAUAUAAAAUCUUAUAACAAAAUUAAAAGAUAAAAUAGGUAUGUUAUUUGAUAUUCAUAUGAGUUUAGGGAGUUUGGAAGUUGUAUAUGAAUUACUUAAAGCUUAGAGUUUUAAAUAUAAUAUAGAUAAAUUUUUAGAAGUAGUUUGUGAUAAAUAUAAAUUAGACUAUGGUGAAUAUGCAUUCAUUCUUUAUCAAAAAUUAUCCAAGUAAUUAUAUGUAAUAUAUAUUUAGAGAAUUUUCAUAGAAUACAUUUAAUUAACACUAUAAAUUAAGAGAUUCAAAUACUGAAUAAUAAGAAUCUGAAUGUGCCUAUAGUCCUAAGUUCUCUUAUAACUUGAAUGGAUUAUAAAUAGAUGACACAAAUUCUAUAGAUGAAAAUGAAGAUAUAGAAGUAUUAGGAUUAAGUUAAGAUGAUAGAAAAUGUAAAUUUAAAUGA